AUGAGGACAAGGGAGAGACAGAGUGAGAAGAAAGACGGCAAUGUCUGCUGAAAAGACGCCUCUUCUUCAGUCACUCGCCGGCCCUUACUGAGACACCAUGGGCUGCAUAGGCUCACGCACUAUCACGGCUGAAGCAGUUCCAGUAAGGAAAGAUGGAGAGCAGGGGCAGCAGCUUAUGGAUUAUUACCCUUACACAAAGAUUGGAUUGGCUCACAAACAGCUAUUUUGUAUCCUGGGACCCUGUCAGGCUUCUGCUGAGAAAGACGGAGUGCUGAAUGUCAAAUCUGGGCCACCUGGACGCACUGAGUUUUCUUGGGAAGGAAUCAAUCUGUCUAUGGAGGACACCACCUCCAUCCUGCCUCGUCUCAAGCGGAACUCCAACGCCUAUGGAAUUGGAGCUCUGGCUAAGUCCUCUCUGUCAGGUGUGUCAGGUGUGACCCGAUCUAUGAAGGACAAGGUAACCAAACCCACAGCCAUGGCUCAAGGCCGUGUAGCACAUAUGAUCGAGUGGCAAAGUUGGGGAAAACCAUCUGCUGGGCCAAACGGAGGAGCAAGACUUACCAACUUGCAUCGUGAAAGAGAAAGGAGACUGGAGAACGAUGCCUACAGUGAUCUAAGCGAUGGAGAAAAAGAAGCACGAAUGACUGCAGGAAUAAUGCAGCAAUUUGCAAUCUCUGAGGCGACACUGCAGGGGUGGAAUUCCAUGGAUGGAGACAGCUUCUGUGCCGACUCCAACCACGGCAGUGUGGCCCACCUCAGCGAAAUUAACCAAGAGAGCAUCACCAGCAGAGAUCAGCCGUUGCACCACUUAUCUGCAGACGUGUGGCCUCACACCUACGUCUCCCAGGGUCUCUACUGCCUUUCCUCCUCUGACGGCUGGGAGCCGAUCAACAACGAGCUGUCGGGAAUGGCUUCUCCUGCUGGCUCCUACGUGGCAGGUGGAGCUUCUGGAGAAGGUUACGAUGCCUCUGGCCACUAUCUGUCCCAGCAGCAGCUGGAAUUUCAACAGCAAAGCCACUUACAACAACUUCAGCAGAUUCAACAGUACCAGCAGCAGCAACUUCUACAGUACCAGCAACAGUCACUGGAACAUCGGCUACACAGCACCCCUCACUCCUUGCAAGCCACGCCGAACAGCACCAUUCAUAGCUUGGGUCCACCCACUCACCCCAGACUGGCAGAUCUGUGGGCAGCAGCACAAGUGGAGCAGCAUCAGGUGGACGUGUUGGGACACAUGAACGUAAACCUGGCGGAAAUGGGCACGCCAGAAUCAUACGCCGAGGAGGUCAUUACGGAAAAUAAAUGCAUCCUUGAACAACAAGAGGAAGAGGAGGCAAAGGGGGAUGACAUCACAUUAACCCUGGAACCAGAGGCGAUGUCAGUUCCGCCCAAUCUGCCUCACAGAGAUGGUCCAACCCCACCCGGUGCGGUAAGCCCGGCCCAGUCACUGGCAAAACCCACAGCUGAGCACAUGACCUUCGAGGUGACAUCCUGCAUCAUCCAAUCCCUGGAGGAGAAAGAAGAGGAGGUGGAGGAUGGGACCAUUGUUGUCGUGGCAACAAAUUGACAUCAAUAAUUACGGGAGAGGUACUGAAUAAGAAACAUUCAAAAUUGAACCAUCAUUACCAAAAUAUUCAAGUAAUUCCUCUAACGUAUACUCACCCCUCCUAAGGUGUAUUCUUCUUUUUUUUUUUUGUCUAAAAACUUAAAGGACUCUGCCGUGAAAUGCACUGACUUAUAGAUUAAUAAAUGUGAUGGAUGACAUAGUCAUAAAACACACUCCUGGAUCGCAAAAGUGUACUGACCAAGGCGGCGAGAGCAUUAAAGUGACCGUGCUCUUUGAUGUGUUGACCGGGGGAAAUAAGAUAAAAGAUGCAAGGCCACAUGCAGAAGAUAAUGAAGAAAUAAAGGAAAAAGUGGAAUACUGACAACCUCCAUAACCAAAAGAAAGUGCAUGCAUUAUGAACAUUUACAUGACUGAAUUAUCCAUAUACACAUAGUAAUAACAGACGUUGAUUUUUGUAAAAAAUCAUUGAAAAUCAAUAAAAACUUCUGUAUUUGUAUGUAUGUAUAGUAUGUACGUAUGUGUGAAGUUUGUAUGAAUGUGUGAAUGCAUGUAUGUA